AUGCCCACAGCUCCUCUCUCCGCCCCUCUCCUCCAUCUUCCCCAAAGUGCUGGCUCAAGAUGGCAGCGACCGCUUCGACGACAAACCCGCAGUCGGGCAGUGCUGCCGGCUUUGAAGAUCCGCGCAAGAACAGCAUCCUCGAGCAGGCCGAGCGCAUCCGCAGCCACAAGGUUCCAUGGGAGGCCUUCUCUGGCAUCGCUGGCGAUGAAGCCGUUGCUGCCAUCAAGCAACUGGAUGGCAGUUCCGAAAGCACCGCUGCUGAGCUCGCCAAGGCUGACCCCAAGGCCCUCAUUGCGACGCUGAAGCUGUUCAGCAAGCUCUCCAACGCGGUAACCCUCGAGUAUCUGGUCACACUGCUUGAUGACUUUGCUGAGCUCGACUCGGCCCAUACCAGUCGAAUCAUGAGUGCUGGAGAAAAGUUGGAGGAUGGCAAGGCAGACACUAGCAUCGAUAUCUUUGUCAAACGCCUGGCUGCCGACAAUGACUACGUUGCACACCAAGCAGCCCGCAUGCUGGCUCGCUUUGCUCUCGAUGGCUUCAAGUUUGAAGAGGAUGCCAUCAAAAAGUAUCUUGAUUGGGCCGCAAACCGCAUUGCCUCAGGCGACCGCCCCGGCGUGUUGUUGGCUCUCACAAGCCUGUCUCGCACAUUCCGCAAGGACGAGUUUCGCGAGGGCGCCGUCAAGCACGCUACCCUGCUGGAUGUGCUCAAGACGCUGCUUACCAGCACGAGCCAGAUUCAGACCCAGUACCAGGUGCUUCUGGUCUUGUGGGUCCUCACCUUUACCGAGCACUCGGUUGCGGGCAUGCGCCAACAUGCACAUGCUCUCCUGACUCCGACUGCCGAGAUUAUGAAGGCGGCCUCCAAGGAAAAGGUGGUCCGCAUGGCCUUUGGCUUUGCCCGUAACAUGAUUGUCAAAUCCGCCAAGAAUGAUGGCCAUGAGUAUUGUGCCCUCCUGAUCAAGUGCGUGCGCUCGCUCACGUGCCCCUCGGCACCCGGCACGGAUUCACACAUUGUCACUCACCUACACCUCGCGUCCAUCUACCCCCCUACCCCGCCCCACAGCCACAAGGUCAUGCCCCGCGUGACAGAGCUCGUCACACAGCAGCCAUAUAGCGAUGAGGAUCUCCUCCAAGAUGCCACGGAGAUUUCGGAGCAGCUCAAGAUGGUCUUUGAGUCGCUCAGCUCAUACGACGAGUAUUUGGUCGAGGCCAAGAGUGGUGCUCUCCGCUGGUCGCCCGUCCACCGUAGCGAACGCUUUUGGCACGAGAGCGUUGCUCGCUUCAACGACAACGACUAUGAGCUGCUCAAGAUUGUGGCUGCCUACCUUGACCGCGAAGAUGACGCCGAGAGCGUGGCGGUCGCGAUCCACGAUUGUGGCGAGUAUGUUCGGCAUUAUCCCUAUGGCAAGAAUGCCCUGAGCAAACUUGGUGCCAAGGAAAAGAUCAUGGCCCUGAUGGAGGGUCGUGAUCAACGCGUGCGCUAUGAAGCUCUUAUUGCCGUUCAGAAAAUGAUGACCGACCACUGGGAGUUCCUGGGCCAGCAAACACGCAAGGUGGCUGAGGGCGUUGCUACCAAGUAGUCUUGUCCUCACCGCCUCCCUUGACAGUUGUACCCGCCAUACCUUCCCCUCUGUUUCCUCGAUCGUGCCGCUAGUGUUUGGCCUCCUUGUCAGCGUUGUUGUGUCCUUGCUGGAGCGAAGCUGCUACUUCCCUCACUAUCAGCACCACGAGCAUUAGUCCCCCGUUUUUCUUUCUUGCUUACCCAUCCCAUCUUGUCGUUUAUCUUGAGGCUGCUGUGAUCGGGGCCCUCCCCUGUUGCCUGAGAGUGUACUAGACGCUACCCACUGCAACCCGUCCGUACCCCUGCGACGCCUCUUGCCACCCCUCAAAAUUUAUAAUGUUUCGUGGUC